AUUGUCCCACAGGCAGCUGAAGUUGGUGGCGUUGAAGCUGCUACUGUUCAGAAUAGUCUGCUAUUUAACAAAUAAUUAUGGAUUAACGGUGUUAAUGUCUUGCUAACAGCAUAAAUAAAGACCUUCUCAUCAAUGGCCACGCUGUGGUCAAAGAUCUCUGCUGCCUUGCCUCAUAAUGAGGAACAGUUUCCACUGCAGUUCAGCGACAAAGUGGAGUCAAGUGUUUUGGAAAUGCUGAAACGGUCCAGGCAGCAGCUGUACAGGGACACUACGAGCUCCAGCCGAAUGCUUAAUGCUCAGAUCAUUUUGGACUAUUCAUGGGAGAAACUCAACAUGGGAACAUGGCGCCAUGUGGACAAAGAAUGGAGACGCGUUUAUUCAUAUGGCUGCCUGUUUAAAGUGGCUGCUCUGUGUCGUGAAGUUCCGACAGCAGAUGAGGUCCUGCAGGCUGUGAGGACUUGUGACAUGGGUUUACUCAUGGGUGCAGCUAUCAUGGAUGAUAUACUUCAGGUUAUUGUUCGUAUUCUGCAGGGUGAAGUCAGGAAAUCUAUCAAAGAAGAAGAAGAAGAGAGUGAACAUACUGAGGUCAAGAGAAUAAAGAUUGAGGGCCCACAUGUUCCUGCAAUCAAAGAAGAGUUGGCAGUUCCCAGGGUUAAGUGUCCUUCACUGGAGAGCUUCAACACAAACUACCUGCUCCCACUCAAACCGGUGAUUUUAGAGGGGAUCAUUGACCACUGGCCCGCCCUCAACCAACACCCCUGGAGCAUAGAGUACCUGAGGUCUGUAGCCGGCUGUCGGACUGUUCCCAUUGAGGUGGGAUCCAGGUACACAGACGAGGAAUGGUCACAGACGCUGCUCACGGUCAAUGAAUUCAUUGAUCGGUACAUUUUAAAUAAAGACAGAGUGAAAGGUUUGGGUUACCUCGCUCAGCACCAGCUUUUUGAUCAGGUACCAGAGCUGAAGGAAGACAUCCGCCCUCCUGAUUAUUGCUGCCUUGGUGAAGGAGACGAAGACGACAUUACUGUAAACGCGUGGUUUGGGCCCGGAGGUACAGUGUCUCCUCUUCACCAGGACCCUCAGCAGAACUUCCUAGCUCAGGUUGUGGGAAGCAAAUACAUUCGCCUAUAUUCCCCAGAGGACACAGACAAGCUGUACCCUCAUCAAUCACAACUCCUUCACAAUACCAGUCAGGUGGAGGUGGAGAAUCCAGACACAGAGCGCUUCCCGGAGUUUGCCAAGGCUCCGUAUCUGGAAUGUGUGUUACAGCCUGGAGACGUGCUGUUCAUCCCCGUCCAACACUGGCAUUAUAUCCGAUCCUUAGAGCUCAGCUUCUCUGUCAGCUUCUGGUGGUCAUGACUGCAGAUUUGUAAUAAAAAGUUAUUUUUAUAGAGCAAAAUUUGAGUUUAGCUCGUGUUCUGCUUCUGUGGAGGGAAAUCAAUUUGGAGUUUUUAACUAAUGGAAGGCUAAUUCUCAUAAAUCUUAGGACAACUGCUGAUCACACAAACCUUUGAUCCAUGAACAAUGAACACACACUGCCGAAUGAUUAGUUUAAUUGUGCUGCUGAUUAUUGCAACAACAUCUAUUGUGUAGAAAGCUAGUGGCGGCGGGGAAAAAAACCCAACAAAAACAAAUGAGCAGUUAAAACUGUUUGUGCUCAUUUCAUCCUGCAUAUAAUUACGGAGGGAUGUUAGUCAUCUAAUUUGAUAGGAUAUGUUUCUCUUUUCAAAUUGGCAUAUUUAAUUGUGUUCUCAACCUUAUUCCUACAACUAUCCUCAGAUGUGUGAUUUCCAUAAUUCAUGGAAAUGAGGCAAGUCUUCAAAUUUAAUAACCGAGUGAGCUACAGGUACAACGAUGUGGUAAUAAACACGGCUCUCUGGUUAAACUGACAGUCGGAGGCAAUCAAGCAGGUCACACAUGAAAAUUAAUAAAUUAAAUGAAUUAAUCCCCUGGGAACAGACAGACUUUGAAAUUAAAACUGUCUCACUGGUUAAGUACCCUGACAGUACAACUCUUGUUGAGCUCUGAAAACACAACACCUGACUACAAAGACAGCAGCACUUCAUUCCACUUUUCAGACCUCUGACAAGCCCCAGUCAUGUAUCCCGUAGGUCCAGUUCAAUCAAGCUCCCUAAUUAGAACCAUGAAGUAUGUGAGGAUGUGACAAAAUUAACUAGAUCAGCACUGAUGUACACAUUUGAUCUGCUUUUCAACCAAAUUCACAGCUCAAGUGGUGUUCUGGGAAAUCAAGGCUGUGCCAGGCGGAAUAUUUGUAAGGAGAAUGUGAAGAGAUGUGUGAGAUUUCAACACGUUCAUGUCCUAACUCCUCAAAUACAGCCGCUCUGUGAGUGGACAUACACGUCAAAAUAUGAUGCACUAGAUACUAGUGGUGGGAAUUACCAUACACGAUUCGAUACGAUAUUAUCAUGAUACUUAUGUCACAAUACAAUGUUAUUGCAGUUUUAAAUAUAUUGCGAUAUGCUGAGCAUUGCGAUUAAAUAUAUUAUGUUAUAUUGUGAUUUAUUAUCUUUUUUCAACUGUAAAUUAUGUCCCCAAAGGAAAAAAUUUGUCAACAUCUGUUUUAUCUAAUAAGAUAUAGUUUUCAGUAUGUUCAUUUCACAUAUUUCAGUAUGUUCCUGAGGAACCCAUGAGAUAAAGUUUGGGGUCCCCCAGGGGUCAAUUUUAGGUCCAACUCUUUUUAAUCUCUACAUGCUUCCUCUGGGGGACGUCAUCAGGAGGCACGGC